AUGGUGAAGCAGCAGCUGGAACAGGAGGUCAGAAGUUUGUUGAACAACCAACAAGCCCUCAGAGAGGCGGAGGCACGCUUUCAAGCAUCCAUGGAGACCUUGAAAUCGCUGUGCCCCGAGAACCACGGCAAGCCAAUGCUCAUUCCGCUUACGUCGUCCCUAUACAUCGACGGAAACAUGACAGAAACGAAGAAAGUCACGGUUGAUGUUGGCACUGGCUACUUCAUAGAGAUGUCAGUGGACAAAGCUCACAAGUUUUGCAACAGGAGAUGUAAGUUGCUGGCUGACAACGCCGCGAAAGUUGAAGGGGUACUCAAAGACAAAAAAAAGAAUCUGGAGACCCUGCAGAUGACCAUGCAACAAAAGCUGUACGUCCUGCAACAACAGCAGGAGGCGGCCAAAGAAAAAGACGCCUGA